CGCCGCUCCUGCAUCGGCGCCUCGACUGUCGAUGGCUGCUGGGCCCACGGUGGAAAACGUGGCAGCUGUUGUCCUUGCCGGAGGCGUGGGCAAGCGGAUGGAGGCAGACAUGCCGAAGCAAUUCCUGGAGCUGCAAGGGGAGACCGUGUUGGAGCACAGCCUAAAGCUCUUCCUCAGGCUCAAGGGAGUGUCGCAGCUUAUCCUCGUCCUGGAUGAGCAGUACCGCCCGAUGCUGCGGGAUCUUCAGAAGCGAGAAGGGAGGCUAGUCUUCGCAGACCCGGGACUGUGAGAGACAGUGCUGUUGCAAGGGAUAUGUGUAUACCCACGCCUUUGUCAGGCUUCGUCAUGCCUCCCCGUUCCUCUUGACUCUGCAAUAUGGAGGAAGAAAUAAGUGCCCACUAGUCGGAGAAUAUAGGCCAACAGCGUGUGUUUCGGCGAGCCCUGCAGUGUAGGUUACACGCGGCAGUUCAUUCAUAUGUCGUGUGCCACAGCCCGAGCCCACUACGGUGGUGCGCGUUCGACAGACCAGAAAUAAAAAAUGCAGACGGGAACCGGCCGGUCUUUCGGUAUUUGUGACUCAUCAUAUAGAACAGUUAAAAUACCAUGUGGAAGUAAGGAUUAUCUGGUGUAAUGCUUGCGCGACUUGCCCUACGGCUACCGAAGUGGGUUCGAAUAUCGCCUAGCCCGUGUUUUUCUGCCCAGAGAAGGUGUUUGCGG